UUCCAAAAUCCUGACUCCUUAACCUUCUUUUCUUUCCUCUUCUUCUCCAAGCCGCCACCCCCUUUUUGUUUUCUCAGCCAGCCUCCCUCUCCGACGAGCGGCGCCGCCGCCUAUUCCUUUUGCAGCAGUGGCAGUUCGGCCACCACGAAAAAUCCGGCGACUCUCGUGCGGCGGCGCGACGUCUUUCCACGACUGACGGCUUCGAGCAGACACACGAACGGCGCACCCUUGCUGCAGCAUUGCCUCCGACCCGCGGCGGUUAAGACCAUCUCCGACGACCUUCUUUGUAGCCACGAAUAGUCACGCGCGCAGACCUCCAGCAGCGGUGUGUUCUCCACGCGGCGGCGCUCGACGACGGAGCAUACCCACGACCAGCGCGAACUCCGGCGGCCUGUUUCGUGGUCCCGACGCCCAGACCCGCGGCGGCGUUCCCUCAUUCCGGCGCUAACCUACGCCGGUUCUAAGCCAAAUCCGUGGUACCCACCCCCUGUCUGCACCGAAUUCGCAAGCCCAAACACUUUCGCCAUUGUUUCAGCAAAGUUCAGUAGGAUCAAACCAACGCAAGAGUUGGGAGCUUUUAGGCAUGUUGUAAGUAGCAUUGGGGGUAUGUGUGCACGUUAUUGUGUGCAGAUUGAAGUCAUACUUAACUGUUUUUCCUUUUAAGAUUUUGAAUGGGUAGGUAUGAUUGGUUCUGUAUAAGUAUGAUUUAUUUGGUUGAUUGAGUUUCCAUCCUGUGUAUUAUUGUUUGUGCGUUUCGAAAAGGUUCUUGUGAGAUCUAAGCGGCAAAAUGACAACAGCGAAGAACUUGGCUAAUUCCUCCGUGAUCCACGRACUCUCAACUGGUUUUAACUAGUUCGAAUUUCGAAUUUCUAGCUUAUUUCCACUUGGUUAUUCCAAUGUCCUCUGGAUUAAUGUUUUUCCGUCUGGUGCUGGACCGAUUCUACUGUUCUACUGUUGGAAUUUCCUCCAAUUCUCUUAUUGCUCGUUACUCUCGACUGGGCCAGAUCGAAAAGGCUCGGUCUGUGUUCGAUCAAAUGCGUGAGAAAAGCAUUGUUUCAUGGAACUCCAUCGUUGCUGGGUACUUCCAGAACAAUCAGCCUGAGGAAGCCCAGAACAUGUUUGAUAAAAUGUCUGAGAGAAAUACGAUAUCUUGGAAUGGUUUGGUUUCUGGGUAUAUUAAGAAUGGAAUGAUCAGUGAAGCUAGGAAGGUGUUUGAUAAAAUGCCUGAAAGAAAUGUUGUUUCCUGGACUGCAAUGGUCAGGGGGUAUGUGAAGGAGGGCAUGAUUUAUGAGGCGGAGACACUUUUUUGGCAAAUGCCAGAAAAGAAUGUAGUAUCUUGGACCGUGAUGUUGGGUGGCCUGAUUCAAGAGGGCCGGAUCGAUGAGGCUUGUAGGCUUUUCGAUAUGAUGCCAGAGAAGGAUGUGGUGGCAAGAACUAAUAUGAUUGGAGGGUAUUGCCAAAAAGGUCGUUUAAUUGAAGCUCGCAGGCUGUUCGAUGAGAUGCCUCGUAGGAAUGUCGUAUCUUGGACUAUGAUGAUAACUGGAUAUGUACAAAACCAGCAAGUGGAUAUUGCUAGAAAGCUGUUUGAAGUCAUGCCAGAGAAAAAUGAGGUUUCAUGGACAGCCAUGUUGAUGGGCUACAUCAAUUGUGGGCGGCUUGAUGAGGCUUCGGAACUUUUCGACGCAAUGCCAAUUAAGUCUGUUGUAUCAUGUAAUGCUAUGAUUCUUGGCUUUGGCCAGAAUGGGGAGGUCCCAAAAGCAACACAAGUGUUUGAUCAGAUGAUAGAAAAAGAUGAAGGGUCAUGGAGUGCUAUGAUUAAAGUGUAUGAAAGAAAAGGCUCUGAGUUAGAAGCAUUAGAGUUGUUUCGUUCUAUGCAAAGAGAAGGCAUAAGGCCAAACUUUCCUUCUUUGAUCAGUGUUCUUUCGGUUUGUGCUAGCUUGGCAAAUCUCGAUCACGGUAGAGAAGUACAUGCUCAACUGGUGAGAUCCCAGUUUGACCUUGAUGUUUAUGUUGCUUCUGUUCUUAUCACAAUGUAUGUAAAGUGUGGCAAUCUAGUGAAGGCAAAACAAGUAUUUGAUAGGUUUCCAAUCAAGGAUGUUGUUAUGUGGAACUCUAUUAUCACAGGAUAUGCCCAACAUGGUUUAGGGGAGGAAGCAUUACAAGUUUUCCAUGAUAUGCAUUUUUCAGGUGUCAUGCCUGAUGAUAUCACAUUUGUCGGAGUUCUUUCAGCAUGUAGUUACACUGGGAAUGUGAAAAAGGGCCUAGAAAUUUUCAAUUCCAUGGAACCAAAGUAUCAUGUGGAACGAAAAACUGAACACUAUGCGUGCAUGGUUGAUUUGCUUGGUCGAGCUGGUAAGCUAAAUGAGGCAAUGGGUUUAAUUGAAAAAAUGCCAAUGGAAGCAGAUGCUAUUAUUUGGGGGGCUUUAUUAGGUGCUUGCAGAAUUCACAUGAAGUUGGAUUUGGCUGAAAUUGCAGCAAAAAAGCUUCUUGAGCUUGAGCCUAAGAAUGCAGGGCCUUACAUCUUGUUAUCAAAUAUUUAUGCAUCUCAAGGUAGAUGGAGCGACGUUGUCGAGUUACGAAGAAAUAUGAGAGAUAGAAGUGUGAGCAAGUCACCAGGCUGUAGCUGGAUCGAUGUGGAGAAGAAAGUACAUAUGUUUACGGGAGGUGACAGCAUGGGACACCCCGAACAUUCAGAGAUCAUGAGAAUAUUGGAUUGGUUAUCUGGAUUGCUCAGAGAGGCUGGAUAUUACCCGGACCGGAGUUUUGUGCUACACGACGUAGAUGAAGAAGAAAAAGUGCAAAGCUUGGGAUAUCAUAGUGAGAAAUUGGCUGUGGCAUAUGGACUUCUCAAAAUACCAAAAGGGAUGCCAAUUCGGGUAAUGAAGAAUCUUCGAGUUUGUGGGGAUUGCCACACUGCAAUUAAACUAAUUGCAAAAGUUUCAGGGAGAGAGAUCAUCCUGAGGGAUGCCAAUCGGUUCCACCAUUUUAAGGAUGGCUCAUGUUCUUGCAAGGAUUAUUGGUGACAUAUGUUAUGUGUUACCAUCUCAAGCUUGAAACGUUGCAUCAACAUAUGCCCAUGGAUCCAGAUUGAAGUCCUUAUUUGAUCAAAUCAUUGAUGGCCAACAUCCAAUUAUUUGCAGUGGAUCGUUUAGCCGGUCAGCUUCGAUAUGAUGCUCGCCUUGGAAGAUGCCUUCCUCUAAAGAUGAACACUCUCACAAGGAGUGUGUGACAAAGGGGAAAGAAGAGAAGAAGAAAGUCGUAGCUGCCAGUGUACCUCCAGAGCAAGAUGAGAUACCUCUCUUCUAUUCGGACCUUAUGCCCUUGCUUGUAAAUGAGGAUUCAGAUGUUGGAGAAGAUGCAUUUGUGUAGUUAGGGUCUUUAGUUCCAUUGGUUUUGGAUCUUGUUAAUGCGAGAUUCACAUUCGAAACUCUAACAGAACCGUAUACCGGCUUCAUUUCCAGCAUAUUAUAAAUUCUUGAAGGAAAUUGACUACUGAUGGUUCCAACUUGUUCUAAAUUAUGACUGUAAUUCUUUUUCCAUGUUUAAUGCAAUGGAGAGUGCAAGGAACACAAUAGUUUAUCAUUUACCUUUGUGAACCAACCAGCAGUAUCAUAGUCAAAUUGAACUUUUAAAACUCAUUACUUGCAUCACUGUUAUUUGGUGUGUUCGUUAUGUUCUCAAGAUUAUCUCAUUCCUAAAGUUUGUGAUUAAUGGAAAUCGUGCACGAUACUCCCUCUUCCUCAAAGCUUUAAAACGACUGAAGUGAGUUUGGUAUCACUUUUUGAAAUAGUGAAAUGGUUUUAGCUAAUUAAAAGAACUUAUCAAGUUUUUCAUAAUGUUAGGAUUUUAAAAACAUCUAGAAGAACUUUAAAUUAGUUCUAGAGAGAAUGCUUAACCGACAUUUUUUUUAAGGUUAUCUUAUAUUCACUCUUAGUACUGAAAUUGGGUGGGGGGAUAGAAUUUUGUUAUAGAGUUAGAGUUGUAGAUAAUUAAAAAGUCUACAUGGUAUCAAUAUAACUUCUGAAUGGUUUUCUCACUAUUUUUCUUUUGGCUUCUGUUCAAUUUAUCAUUUCCAGAUGCAUGAAGCAUAUGCAGAAACAGGCACCUCCAUAUGGUGUAGAACUACGAGAGGAUGAGUUCAUAUCACACAUGGAGGGAACUGCUAGCUCCCAGAGGGUAGUGCGACACAUUGGAUCAAGAAGUUGGCCUGGAAGGCUUACAUAAGUAAUUACAGCCUCUACUUUGAGGCUUCGGAUGUGAUAACAUAUGAAAAUGCGGUUGAGAUAGAACUCUCAAGGGACACUCUUCACGGUGUGACUUCAACUGGACCUUGGGGUGGACCACUUUUUGACAAGGCAGUAGUCUACAAGUCCCCCGCGAUGUCCGAGGAAGUUGUGUUGGAGUUUCCAGAGGUAACAAGUUCUACACGACGUGAUCAUUGGCUUGCAGUAACAAAGGAGAUCAUACUCUUGCAUCGUUUUUUGCAGAAAUUUAAUUUGAACAGUACAAUACAAGUGUGGGAAAUGCAUGUUCAAGAAGAAUAUUAGGGAUUAUAAGGCUUCAUACAGCAGAGAACUGCUUAGAAUAUCUCCACCCAUUCCUACAAAGUUCAUAACGUUUGCCUUAUGUGACGAACCAAAGGGCGACUCGACUAUGUACUAUAAUAACUUGCUGAGAAUUUAAAGUUGCCGAAUAUUGAA